AAAAGGGCUGGUAGUUUUCAAAGUCCAAUGGACCGCUCAACUCCUCCACCUUCCUUAUUCACCUGCACCUCACUUGUCUAGCUGUAGCCUUCACCUUCCCUACACACACUUUUCAUAUAUAUAGAUCAACACGAAUCCUGUUCUUGAUACUUGAAGAUGGGUUUCAAAAUGAGUGUGUGUUUGUGGAUUUAUGUGCUUGGUUACAGUGUACUUGCAUUGCAAUAUGCAGAGGGGAAUGAAAGUGUUGUGGAAGGCAGAGUGGAUAUAAAUGGAAAGAGUGUGAUUGGGCUGACGGACAGGGAUUUCAUAUGUGCUACAUUGGAUUGGUGGCCACCUGAGAAAUGUGAUUAUGGUACUUGUAGCUGGGACCAUGCUUCUCUCCUUAACCUGGAUCUAAACAAUGAGAUUUUCUUAAAUGCAGUCAAAGCCUUUUCACCAUUGAAGAUUAGACUAGGCGGUACUUUGCAAGAUAAAGUCAUUUAUGAUACAGAAGAUAACAAACAACCCUGCACUUCAUUUGUUAAAAACACCUCAGAGCUGUUUGAUUUCUCCCAAGGCUGCCUACCAUUAAAAAGAUGGGAUGCAUUAAACAAUUUCUUUAACAAAUCUGGGGCUUUCGUUAUAUUCGGAUUGAACGCUCUGAAUGGAAGAACUGUAAUGCCUGACGGCUCUAGAGUCGGAGCUUGGGAUACUACCAAUGCGAAAUCUUUUAUUGAGUACACAGUACAAAAGAACUACAAAAUUUAUGGCUGGGAGCUUGGAAAUGAACUGUGUGGUAGUGGGGUGGGUACAAGAGUUGUAGCAGACCAAUACUCGAAUGAUACAACUGCUCUACGAAAUAUAGUGCAACAAAUUUACAAGGGGGAAAAUCCAAAAAUAAUAUCGCCAGGAGGAUUUUUUGAUGAAGAUUGGUUCAAGCAAUUUCUUGACAAAACACCCAAGAUAGAUGCUGUCACACAUCAUAUCUAUAAUCUUGGUGCAGGAGUUGAUGAGCACCUUGUGGAAAAGAUACUUGAUCCUUCUUAUCUUGAUGGUGAGGCUGAUACGUUUAGCAAACUCCAGAAUAUCAUCAAGACUUCUGGGACAUCAGCGGGUGCAUGGGUUGGGGAGGCUGGUGGGGCAUAUAAUAGCGGCCACAAUCUUGUGUCCAAUUCAUUUGUGUACAGUUUCUGGUACUUAGAUCAGCUUGGCAUGUCUGCAACCUAUGAUACAAAGACAUACUGCAGACAAACACUGAUAGGUGGAAACUACGGUUUGCUCAACACCACUACAUUUGUACCAAAUCCAGAUUAUUAUAGUGCUCUUUUAUGGCACAGACUGAUGGGAAGAAGAGUACUGUCCACGAGCUUCUCUGGAACAAGAAAAAUUCGUGCUUACACUCAUUGUGCAAAAGAUUCGAAUGGUGUCACCCUACUUUUGAUCAAUCUCGACAAUAGUACAACAGUUAAAGUACACCCCACCUUCAACAACAGCUCAUGGCAACAAGAUGUGCACCACUCUCAUCACCAUCAUCAUCAUAGUCACCAGCAUAGAACAAAGACCAUAAGAUUGCCUCCUAAAGUUCAUUUAAAAAAGAUAGCAACGAGAGAGGAAUACCAUUUGACAGCACAAGAUGGAAAUUUACACAGUAGAACUAUGCUGCUAAAUGGGAACCCACUGACUCUAGAUCCAUCCGGAAAAAUACCUUCGUUGAUACCUAUAAAUAUAAAUUCAUCAGAGCCCAUAACUGUAGCUCCCUAUUCUAUUGUAUUUGUUCAUCUGCCAGUUGUUCUCCCUGCAUGUAGGUAUAUUGAGACGAUAACUGAUGGGAACGAAAGAGUACAGGGCUUUUCUGCUGAGUAGAUGCAGUAGCAAGGUUUGUCUCCAAAGUGAUUGUUACUUCCAGAAAUCUGCUUAUUUGUCAUUGUGUCUACUCGGGAAGAAAAUAUUCAUGUAAUUUUUGAUCCAAAUAAAAGUAAAAAUGUAGUAUUUAUUGGAACUGUGAUUCUGUCCAUUUUGCUGAAUUGAUAUAUGUUAUAGAUAAUACUAUUUAUGAUCAAUAUUAGUGA